AUGAACUUUGAAAAUGAUGAUUAUACUCUCAAAAUUUGUAUGGUUGGUGAUUCGUGUGUUGGAAAAACAUGCAUUGUUAAUAGAUUUGUAACAGACACAUUCGAUCCGUAUGAAAGAGAAACUAUUGGAGUAAAUUUUAUUUCAACUAUGGCACCAAUUAAAGGACAAAUGCUCAAAGUAACGAUAUGGGAUACUGCAGGACAAGAGAAAUUUAGGUCUAUGAUUGAUUUGUACUUUAGAAAAGCAGUUGGGGCUUUUAUUGUUUAUGAUGUAAUGUUAAGAGACUCAUUCCAACACUUGAGCUAUUGGAUAGAAAGGGUAAGAAAUGUCGAGCCAAAUGUAAAAAUCUUAAUAGUUGGUAAUAAAAUUGAUAAACAAUCAAAAAUAAUUUCAACAAAAGAAGCAGAGAGGUUUGCAAAUGAUAAUCAUUGCCAAUUUAUAGAAGUGUCUGCUUUAGAUGGGACAAAUAUUAAACAAAUGUAUCAAACAAUGUUUGACUCACUUGACCCUCUAGUUCAAAAUAGUCCAACAGUAGCUUUGGAAAAUAAACAGUCAAAUGAUAAAUCAGGGUGUUGUUAA